AGCUUCCCUCCUAAGAGACAAGUGACCAAGUACAAUCUCCGUAAUUUUUUGUCACAUUCAGUUAUGAGUUGGCGGCUUGCCUGGAACCAGCUAGGACAUCCUCCCUCUGGGGGAGGGCGAGGCCUGAAAUCAGUGCUCCCGGACGAGGUUAUUAGUACAAAGGCCAGAGCGAUGCCAGUUAAGCAAUCUGAGUCCAGAUUUCUGUCCAGUAUGUUUUGCCCCAGAAAACACCGCCUCAGAUGUAUUCCCCGGAGCCUUGCAGGACGGGCCUGCCGAAAUCAAGCGUGUUCUACGAGCAGAGUCGUUCUCAGAGCAUCGAGAGCGGGCCUCACUUGUGUUUCAUGGAUGCCUGGCGGCCGAGCAGGCUUACAGGAGCAGGGGCGUGGCUCCGGGCACUUCUGGGGGAUGCACUUGAUAGGAAGUCUGCCGUGUGAUAGGAAGCCAGGCAGUGAGCGGGGGAAAGCGCUCCCCUGGGGGACAUUAAAGGCGGGGUUGUUCUGAGAAGGUCGGUGAACUGCCUCCAGCUGCUAUGAGCUAAUCUCUUAAGGGUUCGGAUGCAGGCAUCCUCGGACAGGAAGCACUUCGGGGAGUAUUUGGGGAGAGGGCAGGGAGGCGCAGAGACAAGAUGCCGACUGCGCCUCUCACACCUGCCCUUGGGCCCCGUGGGUGGGGAUUCCUCCCCGGGCCAGGGGAACGCGACCUCAGACCGGGCUCCCGAGCCCCAUGGCAAGCUUUCGCGUGUGCUGAGAGGUGCCGCUGAAAUCCUCACUGUCUUCAUCUGGCAUUUCCUUCGCAGUUGAAAAGCACAGUGUGCAGCAGCAGGGCCACUUGGAGGCCAUCGGGCCGUGGCCCACGCAAGGGGCCCGGCCCCGCCCCGGUGCCCCCGGCCGGCCAACGCUCUUCGGGUCCCUGUCACCUCAGCGGAAGGGAACGCGAAUAACUCCUUGUGGCUUUUAUGGAGAGUGUUAUGGCAACGCACCGUGGCCAUGGUAACUCUAUCUGCCUGUUACUCCCCUGAAACCGGAAAGUCGGCACUGGAAGGAAAGUUAAAUGAUUAAGUAGAUAGAAUGCUUUCGUUUAAAACAAUCCCUCUAAUUCGAUGAGAUAAGCAUCAUCUUUUAUUUUGAGGUAGUGUCCACAACCACAGGCAAGAGAAAAGAAAGAAAAACCGGUUGGAUCAAACUACUCCAGCUGCAGGGAUGAAGUGGAAGUGAAGCCCGAAGGCCCAAGUGCCAGUUUGCCGGACGCCUUCAGAGGCCUCUCGCUCUGCCCGCUGCCGGGGGUUCGGGCAGAGCGCCCCGCCUUCUUCCCCGAGGCUUCGGCUCCUUCCCUCCGCUCACAGGAGCCCGGGCUCAGCCCAGAGCCCGGCUCAAGCACGCUGUUACAACCCAAACCCGACUACGGAAAGUCGUGAGUAAUUUUGGCACUGACGACAAUUAUGGGAUCGAAAGCCAGGACUCACCCCCUCGGUCAAUUCUCACGCCGGCUUCAAGGGCUCCCCGGGAAUGUGGCUCUAAGUCAGCUUGUGGGAAAAAGCGUCCCUUCCCGGGGUAGCGAGCGGUUUCCACAUCCCCGCUGGGCCCAGCACCACCCGAGGAGGCCAAGGAGAACGACUACCAAGCUGCCCUCCAGUCCCACAGCCGAGGCCCCAACGAACCCCGACCGGCUGAGACAAGAAAGUUUGGUCCGUCCAGGGCCUCUCAAACACCCCCCUGGAACCCACCCAAAGCUCUGGAAGGUCUUCAAAGGACCAGACGUGUCAGAGCAGCUCCGUCCCGCAGCACUGAGAGCCCCAGUCUUCGGACCUGGGGAGCUGUCUGGGCUCAAGGGGUUAGCAGCUGUUUGGACGGAUGGGAAGGACAUUCACGUAGAGGCCAACAAAAGCCAAGUGCAGAGCCGGGAGUCCGCCGUGCAGGAGGCAGUGGGAGGUGAAGGCCACAGCCGGAUCGGGGCCGUGUGCCCAGUCCAGAGGCGUGCCGUCCGGACUCCAUUAACGUAUCAAAAUAGAAGCGGCAGUGAGGGUCUAACUUUGCUGCACUCGAGGUUGCUCAAAGCGGUGACUCUCCAGGAAAAAGGAGACAGGGCUGAGGACCGGAGGCACUGCUCCCGAAGCACAGGCUCCGGGGCGCCCUUCCAGAGAGCGCGUGCAGAGUGCAACGUCACAGCGAUCGAACGUCAACAGUACGGCAGCUCCUACACUGACCCUUCCCCAUACUAUCUGCGCCUGCCUGUUGGGACACCUUACCCUCUGCCAUCAUUCAUUCACUCCACGAACACUGGACACCCAGCACGUGCCAGGACCCGUGCCGGGCACGAAAGUUACAUAAUAAGUAACGGAAGGGCUCUUCCUUCGGAGGGGCAGAGCCCAGAGAGGGCAACAAAGUGACACAAGGAAGUCGUCAUCGGAAUGGCGACAGCACAGAGGACAGAAAGUACCAGGGAUACUGCUGCUCACCGAUGUUCAGUUGCAAUUAGGCGGGGACAUGAGCAGGACAGACACCCAUGUCAAGCCCGGUGCUGUAGCCUAUCGUAGCGUAACUUGAUUGGUAGAAGGCGGGCUGUAUGUGCCCCUCGGAGUCACCGGAGUAAGGACUUUCUCUUGAGAAAACUCCACUCAUUGGGGCGCCUGGGGGACCCCGACUUCGGUUCCGGUCACGAUCUCGCAGUUUGUGAGUUUGAGGCCCACGUUGGGCUCGCUGCUGUCUGCGCAGAGCCCGCUUCGGAUUCUCUGUCCCCUUCCUCUCUGCCCGGCUUGCGCUCUCCCAACGUAAAUAAAUAUUAAAAAAAAAAAAACACCUCCGCUCAUCAUCCCUUCGAAUCCUCUCUUGAAAUAUAAUAAUGAACCAAAGGCACUAUGCAAAGCAUUUUCCACUAAAAUGGAAAUUGGGUCAGAGAAGAAAGCUGCAAAUACACGGGCUGAAGGGUUGGCUGGGGGAAGGUGAGUGGAGCCCUCAAGGGGAAGCUGGGGCCGGGUGGAAAAUAGCACGGCCCCUGGAGAACGUGUUCUCAGUGCCUGGCUCAAGGCCGACACUUCGUGGGCAUUUAAUAAAUACAUGAACGAGCAAGAUGCGAGUAGAGAGCUGCCUGAGGGUUUGGGGAGGCGAGGUGGAGCUGAUUGGGAUCGGACCAGGCUGGACUGGGGAGACGUGCUUUCUCUCCUUCCUCGCCUAUUCUAGAAGGGGUGUCGGCCACCUGGACUUUGGGCAGGGAUGACACCUUCGACAGUAUGAACGCUCUGUUUGGGUUCAUUUUAAUGUUUUUUUCUUUUUGAGAGAGCGUGGGGGCCAGAGAGAGAGAGAAAGAAUCCCAAAUAGGCUCCCCUCGGUCAGCACAGAGCCCGACGCGGGGCUCGAACUCACCAACCGUGACAUCACGACCUGAGCUGAAAUCGAGAGUGGGAGGCUUAACCGACUGAGCCAGCCAGGUGCCCCGGGUUUUUUGGGUUCUUUUCAAUUGUAGCCAAACAUUCACAACAUAAAACUUUCCGUUUAGCCGUUUCUGUGAACUUGGCCGCAGUUCAGUGGCGUUAUGCACAUUCGCGGUGUUGUGCAACCGCCCGCCCCGCUCGCCUUCGGAUGGAUACCUCUCGUCUUCCCAAAUGGAAGUUCUAUUCCACUCACUGUUCACGCCUCAUGUCCCUCCCCCCAGCCCCUGCCACCCACUGUUCCGUUUUCUGCCUCUAUACAUUUGUCUGCUCUGCGUUCCUUAUGUAAGUGGAACCACACAUACCCUAGUUUUCCUUCUGUGUCUGGCUUAUUUCACCUAGAAUAACGUCUUCGUGGGUCACGGGUAUUGUAGCAGGUGUCCGAAUUUCCUUCCCUUUGAAGACUGAAUAACAUUCCAUUGCAGGGGUAUAGGCUGGGUUUUGAUGCCCAAGGGUCAGGCGCUCUCCGGAGCUUAAAGACCGACAACCAAGCUGUGUCUGGUCUGCUGUGCCACCUGGUGGUCAGUGAGGGGCGUUCUCUGCCCUGAUGCAUCUUUCCCUUGAAGCAGCUCUCCCUUGGUCUUGUUUUGGCUCCCAAAUGAGCCCCUUCUGACUCAGGCCGUCUUUUCUUACACGUAGCCAAACACCACUCUGUAUCAUCUUCCUUUUCGAUCCUCCUCUACGGGACGGGAAUUUAUAUCUGGAAACUUACCCCUACCCCCUCCUUUUCCCUGAUUCACUCAGCCCCACUGGUGAAGAACGAGUGUGUGACAGCCCUAGGGCUGUGGUUCAUCAGGGGCGGGAUCACGUUGUGACAGGUCCACCCCCCCCCCCCCCCCCAGCAUGCUGUCUUGUGCUCUGGUGUAUCUUGUUCCCAGCCCUUAAGAACUCCUGGGGAGGAUCACAUGCAUUACUCCCACAUCCUCCCCAUCCUCCCCCCCGCCCCCCCCCCGCCUCCUCCCUCCCUCUGUGCCCUCUCUCUGUUCAUCUGAAGCUGAACAGGGGAGGGAGGCGGUGUGCAAGGCUGGUUAUACCACGGCAGGCACACGUGAGCACUCAGGUCCCAAGAGCUGGGAGAUCUGGAACUCUCUCCAGUCUGGUUUCCAGAGAGCCCUGCAUAGAGGUGAAGAUUGCUUUCACGGGUAAAUUCUCUACCCCAUUUCCCGACUGGUGAAUCAUCCUGGGGGUUAUUUUCCAUUUUCCAGAACUCUGUAGGGGAGGAAAGAUAAAUGCCAAGAUCCAGGUUCCCUGAGUUCCCAACACCAGUCCUGCCGAAACAUUUUUGAUAUCUCUCAUGGUGCCUAGCACAUAAUAAGUCAGUAACCGCAGACUGACUAGCUUUAUGGCCUUCAGGUGGAGCCUCUCCGACCCCCCCACAGACCAGGGCAUCUCUGCCCCCCGAGCAACCAUUGUGCGCAGCUACAGUGCGGCCGUGAGCACAGUGUAUUUGUAGCUGUUGGGGACAACCCCGUCACGUCUUUAAGCACAAGGACUUGAUGUGUUCCUCUCUUCCCCCACACCUGUUUGCGAUACUCUGCAAGGAAGGCGUCCUUUCACUGAGCCAAAAUCCUGCUGGCCACAGCUCUUACUUAGCCGUGAAAGUCCUGGACAUUCACAAACCCACAGCAGGGGCAUGGCCUGCGUGUGGUCGUGACGUACGGCUCCUGGCUCCGGGGUUGAAGCAGAGGCCAGAGGCCUAUUUGCUUAGCGAGAGCGUGCACCCCAUUUUUUCUUACAGCUUCUUGUAGACAGUCCAGGGAGGCGAUUCUUUGGAAUCAGAGACUGUGAGUUCACUAGACGUAUCCGUGCUGCAGAGCACAGCUGAUGUUUCAGGCGACACCGAUAAAAGUCGUCCCUUCUCCUCUUAGAAGAUUCAGAUCUGAUCCUCAAAUUUUCAAGGCAGUUGCAGUACCAUGGAUAAUUCGGAUUAAGUGUAUUAUUCUGGGAAUUUCAGUCAAAAUUAGACUUUUUUCCCUUAUAUGCUGGUAGAGAGAACAGUAUUAAUAUUUUAGGGGCAUCAGUGUGUUUAUGUGUGUCUCACCCCUUUUAGAAUACAACUGACUUGACAUCCCACUGCUCAGAGAUAACCAUUAUCCACAUAUUUAUAGUUAUUUUCCUGUGCACUCAUAGAUACAUAUGAUUUUAAUACCAUUUUAUAACAUUUUAUUUAAUAAAUAAGAUGACCGGUUUCAAUAUCAACAAAUAUACAUCUAGGAAUCAUACGUGAUGAUUGUAAUGUUCCCCAUUGGACAAGUGGAUGACAGUUUUGCAAUCUGUGAGUGUAGAUUUUACAGUCCGCUCUUGUCGAACAUCCAAGGUUCUCCUGUUUUCCCCUCUUUAAAAAAAAAAAUGUUUAUGUUUAUUUAUUUUUGACAGAGAGAGAGACAGAGACAGAGCACCAGCG